AGCGAGGGGAAGGCGGAGGGAUUCCUUGGAGAAGUGGUGCGUCCUGGGGUGAAAGCUGUGGAAGAGAGCUGACGUGCCCCCGGAGCCCCUGAGCAGAAAGGGGCCAGGGAGCGGCUGGCAUGGGCCCCGAGCUGCCUGCACCUUGGCUGCUCCUCUUCACCUGGCUCCCAGCAGGGUGCCUGUCCUUGCUGGUGACCGUCCAGCACACGGAGCGCUAUGUCACCCUGUUUGCCUCUGUUGUCCUCAAAUGUGACUACACCACCUCCGCCCAGCUCCAGGAUGUGGUAGUGACGUGGCGCUUCAAGUCCUUCUGCAAGGACCCUAUCUUUGACUACUACUCUGCAUCUUACCAGGCAGCUUUAUCCCUGGGCCAGGACCCCUCCAAUGACUGCAAUGACAGCCAGCGGGAGGUUCGCAUCGUGGCUCAGAGGCGGGGGCAGAAUGAGCCCGUGCUGGGGGUGGAUUACCGGCAGCGCAAGAUCACCAUCCAGAACCGAGCAGACCUUGUGAUUAAUGAAGUGAUGUGGUGGGACCAUGGAGUGUAUUAUUGCACCAUUGAGGCUCCAGGGGACACAUCAGGAGACCCAGAUAAGGAGGUGAAGCUCAUUGUUCUGCACUGGCUGACAGUGAUCUUCAUCAUUCUGGGAGCCCUCCUCCUGCUCCUGCUGAUUGGAGUGUGCUGGUGCCAGUGCUGUCCUCAGUAUUGCUGCUGCUACAUCCGCUGCCCCUGCUGUCCUGCCCGUUGCUGCUGCCCCGAGGAAGCCCUGGCUCGCCACCGGUACAUGAAGCAGGCUCAGGCCCUAGGCCCUCAGAUGAUGGAAAAACCCCUAUACUGGGGGGCGGACAGGAGCUCCCAGGUUUCAUCUUAUCCAAUGAACCCGCUGCUGCAGCGAGAUUUGUCCCUGCGAUCCAGCCUCCCACAGAUGCCAAUGAGCCAGACCACUGCUCACCCUCCCAUCACCAAUGGUGUCCUAGAGUAUUUGGAGAAAGAGCUGCGGAACCUCAACCCAGCCCAGCCUCUGCCCCCUGACCUCAAAGCCAUAUCUGGCCAAGCCUGCAGCAUGCUGUCCUCCCUGGGCUCUGAGGUUGUGGAACGCAGAAUCAUCCACCUGCCUCCACUGAUCAGAGACCUGCCGUCCUCCCAGAGGACCAGCAACUCCUCUCACCAACAGUGGCUCACUCCAAUUCCCCCUGGACCCUGGGAUCUGAGGGAGGAGAGAAGGCAGCCCCACUACUCUGCUUUUCACCAGGAGCUCCAGGACAGGGAGCCUAAGCGCCGGGCAUUGGAAGGACGGGAGCUGAACCAACUUCGGAGGGGAAGGCGCCACUGCUCUGGGCUGCGUGGGUUACCCACGCCCUGGUCAGACAGGGACAGCCCCAGUGAUGGCCCCUCGUCCAGUGAGGCCCGCUGGUGGCCCAACCACGUAUCUGCUCGGAGCCACUACUCAGGCCGACCUCACAGGCCUGGCCCCUGGGAGAAUGCCCAGAGGCCCCAGAGGCGCAGGCCCCGCAGCUACUCCCCGCCCUUGCCUUCCGGCCUCAGUUCCUGGAGCUCUGAGGAGGAUGAGAAGGAGAGGCAGUCCCGGAGCUGGGGAACCCACCGCCGCAGCUCACACCCCUCACACUGGCCUGAGGAGAAGCCACCCAGCUACCGCUCGCUGGAUGUCAUGCCAGGCAAGAAUGGCAGGAAAAAAGGGAGUGUGGAGAGGCGCUCGUUCAAUUAUGUGGUUUCUUGUAAGUGAGAGAAGGGAAAAAGGAACAUUAAUUAAGUUCCAGACACUGGGGAGAGAGACAGCUCCCAUAGUGGAAGGAGUGUGGUCAUUUAGUCACCCGGCACAGCACUACUUCUUUGGCUACUUCUCAGCUCCGCAAGUCAUCAGCAUCACCUAGAUGUCCAGCUGAUUGGGACGGACUCUACCAACCCGUUUCUAACAGUUCUGGCUUAGAUUCUGAGAAUAAAACAGAAGAAUAUUAAAAACAAGAGUUUGAGGGGUGCCUGAGUGGCUCAGUCAGUUGAGCGUCUGACUUUGGCUCAGGUCAUGAUCUCACGGCUUCUGUGUUCUAGCCCCGUGUUGGGCUCUGUGCUGAUAGCUCAGAGCCUGGAGCCUGCUUCGGAUUCUGUGUCUGCCUCUCUCUCUGUACCCUUCCCCUUCUCAUGCUCUGUCUCUUUCUGUCUCUCAAAAAUAAAUAAACAUUUAAAAACCUGUUUAAAAAACAAGAGUUUGAGGAAUUCAUGACUAUAGCGUUAGCUUUGGCUCACACUCUGCACAUUUAGAGUACCUGACAUGUAAUGGACCCUAACUGGGAUGUGAUCCCUCAGAAACUUAGUAGCUGGAGUCUUCAGCUAGGUUACAUGCUCAGAACCGUGGCCAUUUUCACAGAACUCAGGAAUCUUUAAGAAGAAAUCAAACAUGUUUCAGGUGCAGGAAAUUUAUUGAAUAGUAUGUGGGAAAUUUCCAUGGGAACUUGUCUCUAUCUCUAUAGCAUACCUCCAUAUUAGGAGUGCACUUUGCUGCACCUAUGCCCAUUCCUGAGUGCUCUUGAGGGUCAAGUCAGAGAUAGCAUGGGAAAUACUCCAGCAACGUGUUCUCUCAUGGGUUAUUUAUGCAAGUGUCGAAAAUCACAAGAAGCAAUUUUGCACCAAACUUGUUCCUGUCCCUUGUUUUUAUUUUCAUUUUGCUUUUUUUUUUUUUUUUUGCUUAUAUCCAAUUUAUAUAUUCUUACAUAUUAUGUAUCCAUUAAAAUCACUUUGAAUGCUUCUUGGGGACAGCACAGUAUAUAAAUAAAUUAGAAAGAAAAUGUACUGACCUAAGGAUUCUGCCCCAAAUAAAUAUCUACUUUGAUGUA